AUGAGCACCAAAAGAAGUCUCUUAAUUCCCUAUGCCCUCCUUCUUAUCUUCUCAACUAUCCAACUCUCCUUGGUGUCUCAGAUGGUAACCUUCUUGCAUAUUCAAAAGACCCAGGUUAUGACAUACCAAGCCCUCAACAGCGAUUCCCCGGGGUUUAAAAUUCAUGUCUUGCCUGAGAAGCUGUCUUUGAACCAAGGACACACUACAAAUGGAGCUGCCGGAUAUGGAUUGGUCCUAAGUAUUACAUUUCUAGUGAUCACAUUUUUCUUGCAAGGAAAUAGGAAAAACCAACCAAUCCUUUUGAUAAUGACUCUGCUAUUGGGGUUAUUAGUUCUAUUCGUCCUAUCGGCAUUCAUCUACGUCUUCGCUGUGACAUACAUGACAUCUGAAAAUAGGAUCAACACUCGUAUCGCUGAAUCCAUAAAUGGCGCUGCAUACCCGAUUGACAGUUGGACACCCGAAACAUGGUAUCGAGCUCUUUUACUGCUACCACUUACGGGCGUUGAUUUGACUGGUGCUUAUCAAGAGAUGGUGGCCUGGAGGUGGUGGACAUUACCGUAUCUUGCUGUCAGUACCUUGGCAUUUGGAUGGACAGCUGUUGUAUGUGUGAAAGACAGGGGACGUUUACUCAAUGGUGGCUACGUGGUGUAUGGAAACGGGGAUGAUAGUCUUGAAGAAAAGAUAGCGGCCGUCUGA